UCUCUCUCUCUCAUUGUCGCCCCACCUUCUGGCCAUUUUAAAGUUUUUCACUUUCAUUCCCUAUCUUUGGGGUUCAGAAAUGAAAAAACAGGGGAAAAUCGAUGCUGACAUCGAUGGAACCCUAAUUGAACCUCUGAAACACCACCAAACCCACCACCAAAAGCAACAAGAGGAAUCCGCCCUUCAUCUUCCCUCCGAAGAAUUUCUCGACGAGUUCCAGUGUUGCGUUUGCCUGGAACUACUUUUCAAGCCUGUUGUAUUAGCCUGUGGCCAUAUGUCAUGCUUCUGGUGUGUCUACAAUGCAAUGAAUCAUGUUCACGAGUCCAAUUGCCCCAUUUGUCGGUGCCCAUACAAUCAUUUCCCAAGCGUCUGUCAGUUGCUUCACUUUUUGCUCCUGAAGUUGUAUCCUAUAGCCUAUAAGAGAAGGGAAAGACAAGUGAGAGAGGAAGAGAAGGCAGCCGGCCACUUCUCACUUCAAUUUGAUCAAAAUUUACUUGAACCAAAGCUUUGUGAGGAGUCAGAUAUUUUGGGGAAUAACAACACCCAUUCUCAUUUUCAAAUGGUUGGGCAUUCAAAAAGUGGUUAUAUGGAUUCAGAAUCAUCCUCAUUCAGAGAUGCACCAAAAACAAUUAUGCAGGAUGAAAAUGGUAUACCAAUUAAACCGGUGCCAUUUUCAGAGAGACCUGAAGUUUCUUCUGAUGCUUCGAACCAAGGAAAGACUUUGCUAAGCUAUGAUUCCGAACAUAAAGAUCAAAAGGUGGUUUCUGUUGCAGAUUUACUCUGUGCUGCAUGCAAUAGACUUCUCGUUCGACCAGUUGUUCUCAAUUGCGGUCAUGUAUAUUGUGAAUCUUGUUUUGUUAUUCCAUAUGAUGAAAUGCCUAGAUGUCAAGUAUGUAAAAGCUUGCAACCAAAUGGAUUUCCUGGUGUUUGUUUGAUUCUACACCAUUUCUUGGAGAAUCAGUUUCCUGAGGAAUAUUCGGAAAGACUCGAGGAACAAAAUUGUUCAACACAAGCUCAGCGACAUACAAACAGGGGGACAUCAGUUUCUAGUGAUGUCUACACAUCGUCGUUUUUCGGAAAUGGGCCUAAAGUUCAUGUUGCAGUGGGCUGUGAUUACUGUGGGAUGUCGCCGAUAAUCGGGGAGAGAUACAGAUGCAAAGACUGUGUGGAGAAAAUAGGAUUUGACCUUUGCGAAUCAUGCUACAAAUGUCCGGCUAAGAUACCAGGCCGAUUUAAUCAGCAGCAUAAACCAGACCAUCAAUUUGAAGUUGUGCAACCAUUAAGCAUACGCGACCUUAUGCUGAGGUUGAACUCGGAACAAUCCGAUGACGAUGACGAUGGGGCCUCAUAUGCUACGGAACAUAUGGACGGUCCUUCGACAUUGUUGGCUGGUGUUCGACUGGACGAAGGUAAUGAUGGUUCAGAAGAGCCUGAAGAUAUUUCUCCAUUGAUAUUUUCAGUUGAUGUGUCAUUGGACCAGGAGGCUGAGGCCGAAGAUCCAAGUGGUAAUAUAUCUUCAGGUUUGACUUAGAAACUAGAGACAAUUGUGAAGGUUUUUAAUGGAUAUUUCCAUAAUGCUAA